AUGCAGCUUUCAGAGGGAAUCAAUGCAGGUCAAGGACUAGGUAUCGAAAUCAUUGCUACCUUCCAGCUGGUGUUGUGUGUCCUUGCCACCACAGAUCGAAGAAGGAACGAUGUCUCAGGAUCAGCACCUUUGGCCAUUGGUCUCUCCGUUGCCUUGGGACAUCUUCUUGCUAUUGACUACACCGGGUGUGGGAUUAACCCAGCCAGGUCUUUUGGCUCGGCGCUGAUUGCCAACAACUUUGAAAACCAUUGGAUCUUCUGGGUUGGCCCAAUCAUUGGAGGAGCAAGUGCUGCCCUCAUUUAUGACUUCAUCCUGGCUCCCAGAAGCAGCGACCUGACCGACCGCAUGAAGGUGUGGACCAGUGGCCAAGUAGAAGAGUAUGAUCUGGAAGCAGAUGACAUGAACUCCCGGGUUGAAAUGAAGCCAAAAUAAAGAAGGACAAAGAAAGGGAAAAAAAAAAAUAAAGCACAUUGGUUUCUGAAGAUUUUCUCAGUGUUAUAGACUCUGUAAACCAGCAAGCAGUACUUUGUUUUUCCAUUCAAUGCAGUUUUCCAUCUUUU